CGUCUCACUCUCAUGCUUCAACUCACCAGAAAUCCCAAAAUGCCACCCAAGAUCAGCACCUUCUGCACCAUAUCAGUGAUAUCACUCCUCCUCCUCCUCUUCUUCGGACUGAUUAGUGCCAGCCGGCCGGAGCCUCUGUAUUCAGGAGUAACCUCUCCGGUGAUAACUCAACAUGAGGAGGUCCAGGCGGAGGAGAGCGGCUGCGAUGAUGGAGUUGGGGAAGAAGAGUGCUUGAUUAGAAGAACUCUCACAGCUCACAUUGAUUAUGUUUACACCCAGAAAAUUAACAACCCAUGAGACAAUUUCUCCUGAAUUUUCUUCUGUAAGGUAGUUUUUCUUUGGAAUUGUAUGAUGUUCUAGGACGUAUCUGUAUUAUUUUAUUCUUGUAUUCACGUAGGGGAAGAUUACCCUGUUCUGUUGAAGGUUGAAUGGCUUGAGAGUUUUGUUGGAUGUAAAUGCAAACUCAAAUAAAUUUUUCUCCCAAUU